CCUGACACACGAGCAUGACAGUGUAUUAACACAGCACGACUAACUGACUCUCUCUUUCUCUCACACACACACGCCAACACGCAGCAUGAAGAAAAAUAGGACCGUGGUGAAAACAGAACCAUGCUCUGAAGAGCAGGUUGGAGGGGAAACGUCCUGCGUGGUGGAGCACCGGGACGAGCUCGUCGCCAAGUUCUCCGACCUCUACUGGAACGAGGACUUCAGCGACGUGGAGUUAGUCAUCAACGAGACGCAGAGGCUGAAGGCUCACCGGAUGGUCCUGGCCCUCGGUAGUGACGUCUUCCGCCAGAUGUUCUCUGGAGGUUCCUGGCGAGAGGCCGAGGAGAAGGAGGUGGCUCUGACCGAGGACGAGAGCUGCGUGGAGCACAUGGACGCUUUCCUCCAGUACUUCUACACCGGCACCAUAUCCAUCCAUGCUGAGAACCUCUUCCCUCUCCUGAUUCUGACGGAUAAGUACAACGUGAAGGCCCUGAGGCAGUGCUGCAAGCAGUUUGCCCUGCAGAACUUCAACGCGGGCUCCGUUGGGAGGGCGCUAGCCUGGUGGAGGAAUGCAGAGCGAUUGGGCUUCCAGGAGCUGGAGAGAGCCUGCCGUCGCUUCGUGACGCUCAACGGGCUCGUCCUUGCCGUCUCCUCCGAUUGGCUCUCCCUGGAGCUCGAGCGCCUGCUCGUUCUGCUGCAGAGUGACAACCUUCAGGUGGAGAAUGAGUUCCAGCUCUUCCACGCCGUCAAGCGCUGGCUCCUCCACAAUGAGGUCAAGGAGAAUGGAGUCUUGGAGAGAGUCCUGGAGCAUGUUCGCUUCCCGCUGAUGUCCCCCCUGGAGGUAUACAACGCCUCCUACACCGACAUGUUGCCGGCCUGUGUAAGGGACACGUUCCUGGCGGAGUCCGCCCUGACUUACAAGGUCAACUCUCUGCCCAUGGAAGCUAUCGGCCUUACCCACGACCUCCAAGCACCGCGAUUCUCCAUGAGAAUGUACACUUCUGCCAAUUUUGGCUGCUCUCGCAAGAUAGAGGGUUUCUACUCUGCUCAAUCACUAAGUACUGACUUCACUACAAUGCUCUUUCAGUCCAAAACCACAUGGAAGAUUUAUCCGAGAUUUAACUCGUCCUGGAUAUGCAGAAUUGAAGAGUGUAGCCUUCUUAAUGACGGGAACCAUGAACACCAGCUGUGUGUGCUAAUGUACAGAAACGUAGCCGACACCUGGCUAGCCUGCGAUUACGAGACGUAUCUCAUCCCUCACUACCAGGACGUGAAUCUGGAGGGGCUGUUUGAGAAGUUUGAGACAAACAAAUGCGUUCACAACAAUACACUCUUUGUGCAUCUAUUUGGAAAGACCCGUUGGGGAAAAUUUGCUGUGGAACUACCAUGAGGAGCAGCUACAGGUUUCAAUAGAAAAAAUUGUGCAAGUCGCUCAGGAUAAGAGUGUCCACUAAAUGCCUGUAUUGUAAUGUAAUGUCAAUGAAGGUUUUUCAUUAAAAAAUUGUAAUGAUAAUUGGGCAAAUGAUCACUGCAUACUUUUGGGACAAUUUCUUGUGGGACUAUAGUUGGAAUUUGAUUUAAACUAGUAAAGUCACAGCUUUUUGGAACUGCUCAAGGAUUCAGCAUGAAGGGGAAUUGCUCGCAUAUAUAUAUAUAUAUAUAUAUAUAUAUAGUUGAAGAAAUGCUUUUUUAUUUUUCACACUUUAUCAGUUGCUCUUGAAUGUAAAGCAAAUAAAUUAUGAGGUAUCAAAGCCUUACCUACCAGUCUCUACUGCAGUAGCUUCAGUCAGUGCCUUGACAACAUUGAGAACAGAAUGGCUGAGAACUUCUGCAUAAUUUCUCUUUCCUUUCUAGUUCCGUGUCACUGUGGGUAAACACAGUCUGUGUAAAUGUGUGAGCAAAUAUGUCUUCUCCUUCCCUGUUUGAAUUUCCGUACGUAUUUUUGUCAAUUUGUUCAGGAGAAAACGCUGACAGUGCAGAAUCAGUAGGCGUGUCUGCUAUACAGAAGGGAGUUUGCAUAGCUGGUUGUGGGGGAAGAGGCUUGGGUUCUGUUUUUUUUUUGACAGAGGGACCUGUUUAUUCAGCAGUUAUCCCUUUGAAGAUUCGUUUUAAAUAACUUUUUUCUUGGCCCUAACCUCUGUUUUUUCUUUAUGAAUUAUAACAUUACCCAAAAUAUGCUUGCUUUGAUUUCGAUAUUAAUAUAUUAAUAGGCCAAUGAGGAAUCAUCUCAUUUUCUUAUAAUGCCACCUGAUCUGCUUGGCUUGUUUAAUACAUGCAAAUAAUCAUUUCAAUAAACUUUUCACAUCAAUAUCAA